ACAGUAAGAUGCAGCCGGAGUUCAGCAGCAGAGCCUGCAUGUGAGGAUAAACGUGUUUAAGUGGACUCUGUUUAAACUUUCGGGAUGUUUCACCUCAGACUCAUCUCCUGUUAGCCAAGAAUGCUAAAGGAAGUUAGCUUGUCAGCAGGAAGUAGCCGGAGCCGGAGCUCGGCCUCACAGUGUGUAUUUUAUCAGAGUGAGCUGCGUGUCUGUAACGGAGUGUGUCUGGAGGAAAAGCUGCUGUAAACAUGUCUAAAGUCCAAACGCUGAGAGCUUUUGUCCAGCAGCGACUAAGUGCGGCUGCUGAAGAGAUAUUUGAGCUGUUUGAAAGAACGAUAGCAGAGUACGAGGAGGAACUUUGUGGACAACGCAAACUACUGGACGCUGUUUUCAAGCCUGAAGUCCGGUUACACAGAGCAGAAGUCCAGUUGUUAUUGUUGAAAAAGGACGAUGUUCCCCCUGAGCAGCAGGGGUGGUGCCCCGGCCUGGACCAGGAGGACCCGCAAGAACCCCCAAACAGCCCCAGCCUGGACCAGGAGGACCCACCAGAGCCCCCACACAUUAAAAGCGAUUGGAGCCCCAGUCUGGACCAGGAUGACCCACCAGAACCCCCACACAUUAAAGAGGAACAGGAGGAACUCUGGACCAGUCCGGAGGGAGAGCAGCUUCUAGGGUUGGAGGAGGAGUUCACAUUCACUCCAGUCCUUAUGAAGAGUGAAGAAGACAAUGAAGAGAGACCUCAGUCCUCGCAGCUUCAUCAAAGACUCACUGAACAAAUGAAAACAGAAGCUGAUGGAGAGGACUGUGGAGGACCAGAACCAGCCAGCAACUCGGAUCCACAUAGAUAUUUACAACCAGCUACUCAUGUCAGGACAUCAUGCUCCUCUGAACCUCAGACCGAUGAGAUUUGUGAAUGGCAGGGGACCAUGGAAACUCGAUCAGGAGUAAACCCUCUGAAAAUUAACAGUGGAUGUAACACUGUUGGUAAAUCAUUUAGCUGCUCUAAGUGUAGUAAAGUAUUCCGCCACAACUCGGGUCUGAAGAGACACAUGAGAAUUCACACAGGCGAGAAAUCAUUUAGUUGUUUUGUCUGUGGUAGAAGAUUUGCACAUAAGUUUCAACUGAGACAGCACUUGACCGUCCAUUCAGGGGGGACACCCUUUAGUUGUAUAGGUGAAACAUUGGCAAAAAGCUCAGAUUUGACCUCACAUUUAAGGGUUCAUACAGGAGGAAAACCUUUUACAUGCUCAGUUUGUAAAUCAAGUUUUCGUUCCAGACGCAAUUUGUCCAGACACAUGAGAAUCCACACGGGGGAGAAACCAUUUUGUUGCAGCAUUUGUAAUAAAAGAUUCAUUCGGCUCGAUUAUGUGAAAAAGCACAAGUGUGAUGGCAAGAACAGUGGAAGUAAAUGAAGCUGCAGAGAUGCUUGUUGAGUCGAUUCCUUCCAGCAGGAUUGAAGUACUGAGGGCAAGACUCGAUACUGAUCAGUUCAAAACUGUGGCACAGAGUCCAAAAUAAGUCGUGCUUCACCUUUUCAGUAGGCGUGGGGGGGGGGAAUCGAUACAGCAUAGUAUCGUGAUAUUUGCCAUGGCAAUACUGUAUCGAUACACAGACGCCAAGUACCGAUAUCUUAUUAUAUAAAUUGCAGAUGGGACUUUUAACUUUUUGGUAAUAGAAUAAUAAAAUCUAUUACUUUUUUUAGUCCACUAGAAAACUUCAUCAAGGAUCAUAUAGAGGACUGAAAAAGUGAUAUGAACAAACAGAGAAAUGUAUCUUUUUAGAUAAACAGAUGUUGACAAAGUUUGACUUUUUGUACAGUACUUGAGAGUUGUUGGUUACUGUAAUCAUACUUCAACUGGGUGUCUUAGUCCCAGUACUUGUAUGUAUAUUAAUUGCAGUUGUUUUGUUGCUGCAACAAACCUCCCAAGAGUUGUUUUUCUUCUUUCUUCUCUUUUUUUUUUCUUCUUCUUCAGUCAAGACAUGUUUGUUAAUAAUUUAGUUUCUGUGGAUUAAUAACGUUUGUUAACAAUUAGAAGACACUAACAAAAAUGUGUAAGGGGAAACAAGAAUAGUUGUGGAUCAAUAAGUAAUUUAUAGAGCAUAUGUAGCAUUGUUUCUAAAUGAUCGAACUUUAAAUAAUCAUGCACGAAAACAAGUAAAACACUUGCAAAAUGUAGUGUAACCUAAGACAUAAUAAAGAUUUUGUAAACCUAA